GCAUUUCUCCUGAGAGUAGCCAGAAAUCCGGUCACUGCCAUGGGGCAGGGAGCCCUGAGAGUGCCCAAGCUGACCUGGAUGGAGGAGGAAGAAGGCAGCCCUGCAGCUGCCCCAGCACAGGAGACUGAAGAGGUGGUGCCGUUCCAUCCACCACAGGAGGGUGAGUGGCAGAGCCAGGCCGCAGGGCUGGUGCCUUCAGCCAGCUUGGCCCCAUCCCACCCCAUCCCGUCACAUCCUGUCCUAUCCCAUCCCCUGGGGAUGUGCCCAUGGACAGGAGGGAAGAGGGCCUGGGCAGACACCCCGCAGUGGCCGUGCUCCAUCCCCUGGGGCAUCCUGGGGCUGUCCCUGCCUGGGGAGCGCAGGGCUGGGCUCUGUUCUCCGGCCUCUCCCGCAGCCCCUCAGCUCUGGCUGCGCUCGUUCUUUGCCAGAGGCAGCCCUGGACCACACAGAAGAGAAGAAACCCGCCCGUGGCCGCUUCUGCAAAACCCUGACGGUGCCUGCAGCCAUCCCCACCUGGGCUGGGCCUGCUGUCACUGCUCAGCCCAGCAGCACAUCUGGAGCACUCCAUGGCUUCUUGCCCUUCUCCUACAGCUCGUUUGCAAAUUCAUCAAGAGAAUUUGGCGGGAAGAGACCAGCACCAUGAGCCCUGGACUCAGAGCAUACUCAGAGGUCCUCGGACAUGAGACCAGUGCCUCUCUACUGGAUUUGCUUGUGCAGAGGGGUGUUUCCAGAGCAGAGCAAGUGCCCACCAUGGUGAGAUACAUCCACCAGUGGCUCAUGGCCAAUGAUUCUGCUGAGCACAGGCUGGACAACGCCCUGCUGUAUCUCACAGAACCGCAGCCAAAUGAUGCAGUAAUGACACUCCUGCGUGUGGCCCCAUCCUGUGACAGGUAUGGGGCCCACCCGCCCAGAGGGCUCAGGGCUCACUCCAACCCAUCGCCCUGUACAGCCUGUGCCAGGUAUCUGACCAACAGAGAGUUCCAGGGCCCUCUAGCUGCUCCCUUUCCCAGCCCUGGCAUGUCAGCCCCGAGCCUGCUGCCAUGUUCCAUCGUUGCCCCACAGGGGCCUGUCCCCACAGGGCUGGGCUGUCUGGCUGCUGCUGGAGAGGGGCAGUGGGCAAAGGCAGAGCCAGCGGUCAACCCGGGCUUCUAG